AUGAAAAAAAAUGCAAACUCGAAAAGUCAACAUAUUGUAAGAUACAUGAUCUUGAUGUCGCCUUUUUUCUUAAUCUUCACACUAUUAAAGAUUGUUAGAUUUCCCCAAUCAAGAGAGUUGUUAGAGUUACAAUUAAAAACAAAUUCAAGAUUAUUAGUCGAAUUAAAGUUAUAUGUAAAUGAUGAUAUAACUAAAAAAAGUAAAAAUGGAAAUACUUAUGAGCCAUAUGUGAGUACUAAAGUUUUACCUUUCGGAUGCGAACAGAAAGAUCUUAAUAAAAAAUUGUCAAAAAGAAAAAUUGACAAUUUAACCAAUAACGCAGGAUUUAUUUAUGCAGACAAAAAAAAAGCAUUUAUUGCUUUUUAUUAUUAUAGUGAUUACCAAAAGGGUAAAUAUAAUAAAAUGAUAAAUAAAUUAUGGCUAAAUUUUACCAAAUCAGCAGCAAAAAUUGGAAUGUCCGAUGAAGAUAGACUACAAUUUCUAAUGGAAUGUCAUUCAGCUCUUACCCGGGACAUAGAUAAUUUAGAUGAAUCUUUUGAGAAUCGUUUCUUUUCCAUGGUUAACGAUAAAUCAUUGUUACAAUUAACUUUCAGGUUAUUCAUUUCAAGUUUUGUAAGAUCUUCUAAUAAAUUAACAAACGCAAAUAAAAAAAAGUGGACAAAAAAUUUGAAAAACAUAAUAGAUAACUAUAACACAGUAUGA